AUGAGUCACUGCAGUAGCCGCGCCCUGACCCUGCUGAGCAGCGUGUUUGGUGCGUGUGGUCUGCUGCUUGUGGGCAUCGCGGUCAGCACGGACUACUGGCUGUACAUGGAAGAGGGAACGGUGUUGCCGCAGAACCAGACCACGGAGGUCAAGAUGGCGCUGCACGCCGGCCUAUGGCGAGUCUGCUUCUUCGCAGGCCGGGAAAAGGGUCGCUGCGUGGCCUCAGAAUAUUUCCUUGAACCGGAGAUCAACUUGGUGACGGAAAACACGGAGAAUAUUCUGAAGACAGUGCGCACAGCCACCCCCUUCCCCAUGGUCAGUCUCUUCCUCGUGUUCACCGCCUUCGUCAUCAGCAACAUCGGCCACAUCCGCCCGCAGAGGACCAUCCUGGCCUUCGUUUCUGGCAUCUUCUUCAUCCUAUCGGGCCUCUCCUUGGUGGUGGGCUUGGUUCUUUACAUUUCCAGCAUCAACGAUGAGGUCAUGAACAGGCCCAGCAGCUCUGAGCAGUAUUUCCACUAUCGCUACGGGUGGUCUUUUGCCUUCGCAGCUUCCUCCUUCCUACUCAAAGAGGGAGCUGGCGUGAUGUCCGUGUACUUGUUCACCAAGCGCUACGCGGAGGAGGAGAUGUACCGUCCGCACCCGGCCUUCUACCGCCCGCGUCUCAGCGACUGCUCCGACUACUCGGGCCAGUUUCUGCAGCCCGAGGCUUGGCGCCGCGGCCGCAGCCCCUCCGACAUCUCUAGUGACGUAUCCAUCCAGAUGACGCAGAACUACCCUCCCGCCAUCAAGUACCCCGACCACCUGCACAUCUCCACCUCGCCCUGCUGA